AUGACACAUGCCAUACGGAAAACAUCCGGCGGUGCAAAAUCACAGCAUCCACGCCGUGCAAAUCUUCGAAAAGCCAGGGCUGACGAGUGUCACGUAGUUCUUGUUCACAUUAUCGGCGAUAUUUUCCUGUCUCCGUUGUCUCCUGUGUUCCAAGUCUCCAAAAUUCUGAACAGAAUAUCAUCUGUGGCUCCAGCUCUUAUGCUACUGAAGCGCUGGAUGAAUGAGGCCUAA